CCUGAGACCAAAAUGCCGAACGAAUUUAUUCGUUGAUUCGUUUAUCAGUUCAACCUGCUGGGCAACCGUAACGGGAGUCCUGUAAGAUUGGCAUAACCCUAGAGACACUUUUGGAUGCCCCACGAGUUUCUAGUUACUUUUCGCUACUGUGAACACCCCUAUUGUGUGUCCUGUCGGACCCGUGCCGGUUCUUUCCAGUCGCGAUGAGUGGCCUCGACGCCAUCGUCCAUCGUCGAGAUCUUACCACUUGGAACCGCUUCGUGUCGUCACCCCUCCUUUUCCUCGCACGAUGGCUCUACCUUUCUGAUGCCACGCUCCAUACCAACACGCCCUACCCACAACACAUACGCCUCGUCUGCAUAUCCGACACACACAACACCCACAGCUCUCAGCCUCCUCUCCCAGAAGGCGACAUUCUUAUUCACGCCGGCGAUCUCACCCAGUCUGGUACAGACCACGAGCUCGACGACGCCCUCGCCUGGCUCAACUCCCAACCACACCUCCACAAACUCUUUAUCGCAGGCAACCAUGACGUCGCGCUCGUCUCUCCCGAAACGCGUGCACGUAUAUCACCAGGCCUGACAUACCUCGAGGAUUCAUCCGUCGAACUCACCAUAAGCGGACGAAAGUUACUCAUCUAUGGUAGCCCAUACACACCCAAACACGGCUCAUGGCCCUUCCAGUAUCCCCGUGUCUAUCCACCUCCCACCACCCUCCCACAACCCGAAGCACACGAGAUCUGGUCAAACAUUCCACCUCUAGCUGACGUCCUCAUUACACAUGGUCCUCCCUUUGGCCACCUUGACGCGGACAGGUUUGGAUGCUACGCGCUACUCUACGCAUUAUGGCGCGUCCAUCCGCAGUUACAUGUGUUUGGGCACAUCCACGCUGGCAGGGGCGUCGAACGCAUCAAAUGGGACAAGGCGCAAAUGGUGUAUGAGGAUAUAUGUGCCAGACGGGCGGCCUGGGGCGGCUUGGUGAAGCUGCUGUGGUACAAGCUGACGGCUCGACUGUGGAGGCGGUUCUUAGGAGCUGACGUUGGCACUCUCUUGGUCAACGCUGCGGCGGUGUCAGGACUGAGGGAUGACCAGAUGAAAGGUGCGAUUGUGGUAGAGAUUUGAUGGUCCCAUCUUCGUGCACUCAACAAUAUAUGUAGCGGGCACAGUCUCUGCAACGCAAUAAAUCUAUCUCAGUAUUUCAAGGCCAGUCGGAACAUGAAGAGGUUA